GUGCAAAAGGGAAAAAAAAAAAAAAAAAACAUUUCUACACUAUUGUGAGGGCAUUUUGCUUGGGCAUAAUUGCAGAUGGCCACAUAAAUAAAUAUAAAAUUUUACGAAGGGUAAAACUUACCACUCCGUCCGAUCGUUUAAGCAGCUGGAGAGCGAACAUUUGCCCGUUUCCCUGCGAUGGAUGCGAAGUGGAAGGGAAGUUACUCACAAGGGACCAUUUGACGACUGCGCAUCGGAGAAAUUGCUUCCGUUUGUGAGACAGCCCCCAAGCAGGAUGUGAUGCUCGUGUGAAGCGCCUUUUUGUGACAUUUUUGUGAAAUUUUUCGUGAAAAUUUUUGUGAAAAUUUUUUGAAAAUUUAUCCUUCUAUCCGUACUCCUUUUGGGGUGUUUUCUUUUUUUUUUCUGUGUGUAUGUCUCUGCCAGUUUGGCACUGUGCAAACAAUUCGCAGUAAUUUUGCGUCUCCUUCGUUUUGCGGCACAGAUUGGACUUCCGUCACUGCACUGGGGAGGUGUAGAUCAUCCGUCCUACAGCGCGUUCUCAUCGAAGUGUCCACUUCUAUUAGCUGUGCACCUCCAUUUGCGCCAUCCGUGUAGCUUCUCUCACCACGCGCAUUGGUGAAUUGCCCAUCCACGCGAGAAAAUGAAAAACAAUGAAGAGUGGGAAAAGGAGAAGAUCUACGAUCGACAGCUGCGGCUGUGGGGAGUGAAGGCACAAAACCGAAUGAUGAAGUCCAACGUGCUAAUCCUUGGGUUAAGCGGUAUCAACAUAGAAAUAUGCAAAAAUUUAAUCCUCAAUGGAAUUAACAUAACCAUAAUUGAUGACAAUAUAGUGGACGAAGAAAUGGUUGAGAAUAUUUUUUUUUUAAACGAAUCGGACAUACAGAAUUAUGCAUGUGUAGCUAUUUUUAAAGAAUUGAAAAGUAUAAAUAAGAUGAUAAAUAUGAAGGCCUACAUUGGGAGAAUGGACACUUCAAAUGACAGCAUAAUUAUUGAGAGCGAAUUGGUACAAAAUGCAGAUGGUGAAAUAAGCAAUACGAAGAUGGGGAAAACAUUCAGCGUGGAGAAGUACAUAAGCAAUUAUACCUCCGUUUGCGUCUCUUGUGAAGAUUACCCUUUAUACAAAUUAGUGAAGAUGAACGAAUUUUGCCACGAGAAAAAUAUUGGUUUCUUCGCCGCAAUGUGCAAUGGGAAGUUCGCUUUUUUGUUCUCCGAUUUUGGCAAUCAUGUGAUUGAGGAAUCGUAUUAUAAGGCGAAGGAAGGGCAAAGGAAGGGUGAAACAGGUGCGAACAAGGCGGGGGAGCUGCAAAAGGAGGGUGAGACAGGUGCGAACAACGGGGGAAUCCCAAUACAGUAUUGUACAUUGUCCCACUUUCUCAAAGUACCAUUUGAAAAUUUUGACAAAAAAACGAACAAAAUUAUUUUUCCCAUGUUUGCGCUAAUCCUAUUCGAACUAAAUAAGCAGCUGAAUAAAAGCGACAAAUCGAUUGACGAACAGGAAUUUUCUACUUUUUGUGACCAAUUUAGCCUCGCGAAAUGCAAGGAAAGUUUGGGCGAAAUAACCAAGACUUAUAGGGUUGCCUUUUCGCCAUCCUGCUCCAUCAUGGGCGGCGUAACUUCACAGGAAAUUCGGAAGUUCGUGUCCAAGCAGCACGAGUCCAUCCCCAACUUUUGCGUUUUCGACAUGAACCAGAGCGUCGUCUGCACGUCGAUGAUUUCGUGA